AUGGCUGGAAGAUACGAGCGGCAUUAUGUGUCCGCCAAAGACACUGGCAAGGUCACCGACGUCAAGGCACACGGACCCGUCCCCUCCAACUAUUCUGUUAGUCGAAAUGACUACAAGAGACCUGAAGGCAAAAUCUAUGCAGCGAGGUACACAGAGAAGACUUCAAAGAGGAAGACGUCAGAGCAUCCUUGCAGCCCAAACAACCGGCGAUUAGGAUUUCGUAUUGCAGAGGAAGGAUACCAGCCAGUCGCCGUUGUUGGAGCUAUUCAGGCUCCUUUCAACUACAAUACGAAGGAUUGGAAAUGGAAAUUUCACAAGACCUGGGCUGACGCUGCCGCGGCCGCUCUCGCCUCCUCCGGAUGUUCGGUCGAUGACUGUCCGUAUCACCCAUCUGAUCGCCGCACCGUUGUGUACCAACAUGAGGCUCGCUGUGCUUCCGUGGUCCGAGAAAUGGGAGGGCGUAGUCUCAUCAUCGUAACGCCUGAGAUACCAAAUAACGCCCAGAGAUGGAACCAGUUCUGGGACGAGGAAGAACGUCCCAAGAUGUAUGCCCGAUGGUCUACUGGCCCUCAGGGCACAUCCAAGCCCAUCGUACUUGGUUGUCUCCCAGUCUGGUACGAAUGGAAUACCAGAGAGGCGUUGUGGUACACGCUCGAACCUCUGGGAUCAUUUGGAAUCGACUGGAACAAAAACCUCAACACGAAGCUCGACAGUCUCAACCUACCUUGUCUCCAGGGUAUCCGCGUCGAUACUAGAAUCAUGAAGCCCUCACACCUCCACUGGACCAUCGUUGGCGCACAUCGCCAAUAUGUUAUGGACACGUAUGUCUUUCCUAAGAACGACAGAGGCGAGCCAAUAUUCGGCAACUGGAUCCAACAGCACCUUGACCACAUGAAACUCUGCUUUCAAGCCCGCAAGCGCUCUGACUUCGUCUUUGACAAGGACAGGAAGUAUAGCGGGCCGGACUUGGACUGGACCCAGCUGAGUGCCAUCGUCCUAGGAGCAGACAACGCGAGGAAAUAUGCCGUAAUGUGGGACGAUGCAAUUGAUGCAUACAUCACGUACCAAUUGACGCAGAACGAUGAAAAUUGGAUGGACUUCUCCCGCAAGAUGAGGAAGGCGACAGUGUGGCCAGACUGUCCUUUCCCUCAGAAGUAA